CGUUCACCAGACCCUAGCUAGCGGUACGGGUGGCAAUCUCCGCGGAUUUCUCAGCUGGGUUGUGUGAUCGAGCAGAAAUUCCUCUUUUUCUUUCCAAAGAGUGGUGUGAUUGAUCGAUAUGGCAGUGGCAGUGGAAGCCGUGGGUGAGGCUACUACAGCAAAACCCAACAGGAAGCCAUCGCGAGCGAAGCAAGCUUCCGCCAAGGAUCAAGCGAAGCCGGAUGAGCAGAAAAUCGUGGCGCCAGUGAAGAAGGAUCCAAAGCCCAAGUCGUCGAAGAACACCAGCAUCCAUCACCCGCCUUAUGUUGAGAUGGUCAUGGAAGCGAUUUCUUUUCUUAAGGAACGCACUGGCUCGAGCCAGCACGCCAUCGCCAAGUACCUGGUGGAGAAGUACAGUUCGGGGCUGCCCACUUCUUUCAAGAGGAUGCUCUCCAUCCAGCUCAAAUCACUCAGCAACAGCGGUAAGAUCACUAAGGUGAAGAACUCCUUCAAGCUCCCAUCGUCCGCGUCCUCCAAAUCCUCGUCUCGCAAGCCAGCGCCAGCCAGAGUGGUUGUCAAGGUCCCCAAAGCAUCAUCUUCAUCCCCAGCAAAGAAGGUGAAGGUGAUCAAGCCUUCCUCACGAGCCCCAAGGCCUUCAAAGGAAUCAACUUCACGAGCACCAAAGCCGAGAGCUCCAGCUCCAAAGUCACGGGACGUGAAAGCUACUAGAACCACUAGAGCCACCGGGAGAUCUUCCAGGCCCGCGGUCACGAAGAAGAUCACUACUCCAUCCAAGCCAAAGAAGGUCGUGACACCGGCAAAGCGAGCCAAGAGAGUUGCAGCAAAGUAAAAAUCUCCUUUUUCAUAAGUUAGUAGAAAAAGAUGUACAGUAAGUAAUCGCCAGUGUGUCAAGAUCUUUGAUCGCUAUUUAGAUUAAACUCUACUCUUUUCUUUUUUACCA